AUGAUUGAUAUAGAUAGUAAAAAUAAAAAAAUAGAAGAGAGAUUUGUCUGCGUUGAUUGCAUUAGUGAUCAUCCCAAUUGUUAAUAUAGAACCAUUGAGAAAAUUAAUUAGCAAUGGAAUCAUACAAAGAAACAGUAGGAUAGAGUACUGUCUGAGCUAAAGACUAAAAGGCAAGAAAAAUAGGAAAAAUUAAACUAAUAGAUUGCAAUAAUGAGAAAAAAUUACAACUAAUAACUUAAUGAAAUCAGUGAAAAAUUAAUAACAGAAUUUUCUCUACCACCCACAAGCAAGCCCAUUGAGAUUAAUAAAAUUAAAUAAACCUCUCUACAACAAUUAAGUAAUGAGGAAUUACUUUCAAAUAUUAAUUAAAUUCUUUAAAAUGAUAAAGAAAAUAUGGUAUAAGAUUCAAAGAUUGAGUAUUUGAAAUCCAAAGACAGUGUAUUUUAAAAAGAGAUCUAAAGCAGAUUAGAGCAUUUAAAAUAACAUGAGUAAUUAGAUAUUUAAGAAUCUAUUAAUAUUUUACAGGAAAUAUAAAGUAUUCAAACAAUUUUAUUUUUAGACGACAACCAAAUCCAAGGAAUUGUGUAAUUAUAAUAAUAAAUUUAAGAGAGUACAAAAAAAAAUUAAGUAUAAUUAAUCUACAAAGAAGAUUUAGAUGAACUCAUAAAUUCUUCAAAAUAUAUAUAUUGUUAAAAGAGUUUACUAAAUGAAACAAUUCAGAAAUUUUAAGAACAUCUUGCAAAAAUAAAAACGUUUGAGAGUAAAAUGCAAUAAAGUCUAGAUAAUUUAGUUUUUACAAGCAUAUAAAAGUAAACCAAUGAAUAUAAGAAUAAAUUUGAAAAAGACUUUAAUUAGUUAAUGAAGUUUUGUGAAAUCGAAAAACUUGAGAAAAAUUUUGAAACACUAUAAUAGCACUAUGAAAAAUCAUAAAUAGAGAGUAUGAACAAUUUUCGAUAAAUUAGGAAACCAAUAUUUGGAAUCAAUUGAGAAGGAUUAUAAAUUGAAAAUCUAGAAGUAGAAUAACAUUAUCGAGGAGCUUGAAAACAUUUUAAAAAACACUGAAGAUAAACUGAAAAAUAAAGUAGAAGAAGAGAACUUGUUAAAUGAAAGGUUGAAAGAGGAAAAUUCUAAGAAUGAGAAAUUUUAAUAAAAAUUAAAUGACUAAUAGAUUAAGCAUGAUAAAGAAAUUAAAUCACUGAACGAGUAAAUAAAUAAAAUUCGAACCGAAUUAAAUUCUAGACUUUAAUUUAAAGUUUUAGAUAUAAAACCAAAAAUAUUAACAGAUGACUAUUGGAUAAAAUUAUUUUUUAUUUUAUAAGAAAAAUCAAAAAAAACAAUAAAAGAAUUUCAAUUAAUAUUUUAAGGAACCAGAGAUGGGUUGAAUAAUAAUUCAUUUUGGAAUAAAUGUAAUGGUAAAUGUAAUCUACUCAUGAUAUUUUAAUCUUAAAGUGGGUAUAUCUUUGGUGGAUAUUCUCCAUGUCGAUGGUAGAAUAACACCAGUUAUGUUUAAGAUGAUACAUUAUCAUCAUUCAUAUUCUCAUAAACACAUGAUUCAAUAUACCCUUUGAUCUUAGAUAAAAAAAAAUAUGCUAUUUAUUGUAAUUCAGGAUAUGGACCUUGUUUUGGAGACGGUCAUGAUAUAUGUAUAAAUUCGGAUUUUAAAGAUGGUUAUUCUAAUAUCGGUAAUUCAUACAAAUUGGAUAAAUAUGAUAAUAAGAAGUCUACUCAUAUAUUUGGAUAAGAAAAAUCAAAUAUUACCGAAUGUGAAAUAUUUGAAAUAAAAUUUAUUUGA